GAAGAAAACAUCAACGCCUCCUCCAUGCUUUCAUAUACAAACCAACCUCCGAGUCGCUCAUUGACAUUUCCUUUGCAAUGGAGGAGAGCCCAUCAAUUCCAACGGAGAGAACCAGCAAGAUUGUCAGGAGAUCGAUCUUCAUUUUUCUCAAACACUACCAGCACUUCACCACCAUUGCAGCACUCUUCAUCUUUCCUGUAUCUGUUUCAAUUCUCCUCUCUCAAGCUGUUCUGCCAUCAUUGUCACCUCUCCUCCCAACCAUCCAAGCUCGUCUCCAAUCCCUCUUUGAUGCUGCAGGGUUCCCACCCUCAUCCCAGCUCUUCUCUCUUCUCAGUCUCAAGCUCUCUCAGACCAUUUGUUCCUCCAUUGUUACUAUCCCAUUCACCCUUUCCUUCCUGUUAGUAGCAAAGGCCUGUGUAAUCCGAGGUUUUAAUCAUUGCAAACCAUCUCCUCCAGCUUCCAUCUUUUCUUUGGCAUUCCUUUAUAGCCGCCUCUUCUUCACCUACAUCAACAACUGUUUUGUUAUCCUUGCAGCCAAUGCUACCACCUUCUCUCUCUUCUUCCUCGCCUUUAAUUCCUUUGCUGCCUUUGGCUUCUCUUCUCCCAACUUCCUCCUUUUCCUCUCAGCAGCCGGAGCCAUACUCUACUCUGUCAUACUUGCCAACACUUUCAUCAUCUGCAACUUAGCUCUGGUUGUGGCAGGAAUGGAGAACUGCUCUGGGUAUCUGGCAAUCCUCAAGGCCUUCGUGCUUCUUAGAGGCAGGACUUCUAUAGCUCUCUCACUGGCUCUCCCUGUCAAUUUGGGCCUGGCAGCUAUUGAAGCCUUGUUCCAGUAUCGGGUAGUAAGAGAUUAUCAUCUUUCUGUUAAAUUCCGACCUUCUAUGGCAUUGGAGGGUCUUUUGAUUGCUUAUCUCUACUCCCUCCUCGUUCUCCUUGACACCAUUGCAAGCUGCAUAUUCUUCAAGGCCUGUAAGUCAUCUUGUCAAAAGUCUCUGGAAGGUAGUCACAAUUACCAGAUCGAUCUUGCACAGGAAGAGGACAAAAGCAUUUUCACAAUCCGGAAGACUUUGCAAGAAUUUCCUUGAAGAACCUUCUGAAGGUUAAAAAUGCUUCUAGCUGUUAAAUGGCUCCCCGGAAAAUUGUUUUGAUAGUUGAAUUGGCGCCAAUAAAAAGAUUAGACCCAUAGAAUUAGUUCUGGUAGCUCUAAUAAUUGAGCGACAACCAAGCCAAAAUACAAUACCCGAUAGGUAAGCUCAAAGAAGAGCUAAGCGGAAAUAAAAGGCCGCAUUGUCCCAUUUCUUUAUACUUCGUAGUAUUUGCUUUUUCUCCUUUGUAUAUUCAUAGAUUCCUUUAGAUUGCAUUCGCUUUUGUCACUUC